GACACACCCUCCGGGCAAGGGCCUCCCAAAACCGGGGAUCCCAAAGCCUGAUUGGCCGAGUCGCCCCCGCCCUCCCGCGGGGAGUAGGAGCUUUCCCAGGCGCCGAGGGCUGCCAUGGGUGAGGAGAUGGCGCAGCCCCGGCGGCCUGGGGUCGGCGUGGGGGUGGUGGUCACCAGCGCCGCGCACCCCAACUGCGUCCUGCUGGGCAAGAGGAAAGGCGCCCUGGGGGCUGGCACCUACCAGCUCCCCGGAGGCCACCUGGAGUUCGGGGAGAGCCUGGCGGAGUGCGCGGCGCGGGAGACGCUGGAGGAGGCGGCGCUGCCACUGCGCCACGUGCGGUUCGCGUCGGCCGUGAACGCGGUGUGCGCGUCCGCGCGGUACCACUACGUCACCGUGCUCAUGAAGGGCGAGGCCGAGCCCGGCGCGGAGCCGCGCAACCAGGAGCCCGACAAGAACGAGGGCUGGGAAUGGGUUAAAUGGGAUGAAUUUCCUCCAGCAGAUCAACUGUUCUGGGGCUUACGCUGUUUAAGAGAGCAAGGUUACAAUCCCUUUACGGAAGAGCUUGAUCAUCUAAAGGGAUACACAGGAAGUCACCAACUAGGGUAAAACCAAAUUGUACAUAUGUAACACACUAAAGGACAGAGCUGCUUUUUUUGAUGUGAAAGAAAAAAAGGGUUUAUCAUGCUCACGCUGCCCAUGUGAAAAUAUUACCCUUCCCAAAGCCAGAAAGAUGCCAAAUGUUUCAGUGCUUUUACCAUAUUUCACACAACAGUGGUCUCUCAUUCCAGAGUUAUUUCUAGCUGUAGUGGUUAACAAUUAAUAUUUGCUUUUAUAGCAAACUCAGUGUUUUGUCUGGUUAAUCUUUAUAUAGAUGAACAGCCCUUUGGAAGUUAGAACUAGCCAGAGAAGCUUACUCAAUUAGAAACAGUUGCAGCAUCAGGCCCAAGAAAACUUUACUUGUUUAAACCACUGCCCUGCUUUAUAUGUAAACUUACUGUGUAUGUCAUGCUGCUUUCCUAUAAUUAUUGGACCACUUUUAAAACUUAGCCUUGUCUCUUAGCUUUAGUUAUGAAGUUACUGUCAUGAAAAAAAGUUACAUUUCACAGACAGUGCCUCAUUCUCCUGCAGUCGGCAGUGUAUACUUGAAAAUCAAGGGUAUUAUAAAUAUGAAGAAGUUAUAAUGGCUUAUUGCAGGGAAUGACAUUCCCUGAUCCUUCUUGUCACUUGCUUUUGUAAGAGUUCUGUUUGCGGCCUCAGAUACAUUGAAUUUAUCUGUAAAAAUGUCACAGAUCUCUGCAGUUGAUCUGACUUAAUGUUACUAAACUCUUAUAAUGGUGCCUACAGUGUUCUACUAGGCUGACAUAAAUAACAAAAUUAUCUCAUUUAUAGGUGUAGCUCAAUGGCAAAAGUCAUACUAUUUUGCUAAAGAGAGUUGUCAGUAUUAAACAGCACAGAUGGUGUAAUUCUAUUCUGUAUGGCUACUGGGACUCGAUAAAAUUGUGAAUUUUCAGUUUGACAUGAUUAAAUGACUGAAUUGGUAGUGAAGAUACAUACAGAAGAUACAUACAAAACCAAUGAAUUUAUAUUUUUAAUUUUUCUAGAAUCUGUAACCAAAUUUGGUUAUUUUCCAGCUGUAGGCACUAGGACAUCAGCAAUUAAUUUUAGGAUAUGACUUUUAAAGACUUUUAAAGAAAUCACUAAUUGGAUCUUUUUUUUUCCCGUCAGGGUUCUUUAACACCAUUUUUGUCUGUUUCUUUUAGAUAUACUCAUUGUACAAAAAUGUUGUGAGAUAUCUUUAAUUUCUUUUUAAUAAAACACAAGCACAAUAUUGAAA